CAGUUUGUUGAUCUGCGCACAAGUGCAAGCGCAGGCGAGCCGUCAACACCGUGUCGGCCAUUUUGGCAAUUCGCAUUUCGAAUUGUAUUGUGUUUAUUCUUUAUUUUGUGCCAGGAUGGCGACCACCGUGCCAUAUAACACGAUGUCGACGUCUGAGCCGCUGUUUAAGAAGUGCUGCUUCUGUUUUCCCUUGAGGACUGGAUGCCUCAUCUUGGGGUAUUUGAACCUGGCCUUCAACUUACUUUACACCCUGGGCAUCCUGGGGCUGAUAGUAACCAUUGGCAUCGCGACCGAUAACUUUGAACACUUCGAACGGUUCAACCGGCAACCAUACGAUAAUUUAGAACCAACUCCUGAAGUGGAGUCGGUGGAUCCUAGUCUCUACCAGUUCGUUAUACUGCUGAUAGUCAUUGUGUGCUCCAAUGUCGUGUGGUUAGCAAUCAACAUAGCAUGCCUGGUUGUACUGCACAAGAAACGUCCAGGCCCGGUCCGCAUGUUCGUGGGCUUUGCUACAGCCCACCUCCUACUGACGCUCGCUGGCUUUGUCUUCUACGUCAUGAACUCCAACAGACAAGCCAUCAUGAACCAUAGCAUUGAUUUUGUUCUAACGGCAUGUUUCGUCCUGGUAUACUACGUGUACGCGACUCAGCUGACGAGGGUCCAGGAGGAGGCUCCGGAAGAGUCCCCUAGUGCCCCAUCCGAUAAUAUAGCCUACAUCAUCCCACCCCUGGUGGACAAGAAGACCCUGGUUGUCUAGAUUAAGCCUAGUCAUAAGCAUGCAACGCCUUAGAGCUAUUUUUUUUACCGGGACACCAUGGCGGCGCGCCGCAACCAGUCACCGCUACCAACAAAAUGUAUGUUUGCGCAACUAAA